UAAGGGGUUCUAAUAUGAGGUAAAAAUCUCUUCCUGCGCUGUAUUAAACUUAGUAGUUAGUAAAUAAAACGCGAUUUAUUCGGUUUUUAUGAGAUCUUAUAACCAAUUUUAAAAAGUCUGUGAAGAUGACUAUAACGCAAGAGUUAUAUAAAGAUGGCCAUAUAUCAGAUAAAAGUGAUAAUAUAUCGGUAUAUAGUGAAAAUCCAGCCAGAAUCGAAGACAUUUUCGAGUGGGUUGAUGGCUUACCUUUAUCGAAGACUACGAAAAAUUUAGCUCGGGAUUUUUCUGACGCAGUCCUCAUGUCAGAAAUCUUGAAGUACUAUUAUCCGGGUCUUGUAACAAAACAUAACUAUAUACCAGCUAGUGGGGUGUUCCUGAAAAAAGAAAAUUGGAAUACCUUAAACCGAAAGGUUCUCUCUAAAAUUGACUUAACUCUAAGCCCAGAAACGAUAGACCAACUGGCGCACUCACAAGUUGGUGUGAUUGACAAAAUUCUUGCAGAUUUCCGAGAGAAGCAGAUGUUGAGAAAGAAAGUAGGGAAUAGUGGAGCAGAAGUUACUCCAACUGAUGACUCAGACGCUGAAAUAACAACAGUAAAACAACUACCUUCUCACCAAAAGUACUUAUGCACUCGAAUGUAUCAUGGGAUAAAAAACUUUUUUGGCACUAUUUUCGGAAUCUUAUUAUCUAUUAUUUGCUUUUGGAAAUGGUUUUCUAGUAAACAAAUGACUCUUAAAAAAGUAACGACGAUACCUUCCAAAAUUCAGCCAGAAGGAGAAAAUUCUUCUGCCAAGGAAAGGAACCUACGAAAAUCAUACACGCAAGCAUUGCAAGAUCUGCGCAUGAAAUCUGAGAUGAUAAAAACGCUUUGCUAUAAGAUCUCUUUCCUCGAAGGUGCACUUAAAUUUAAAAAUAUAAAAAUUACAACACUCACUAGUCAAUUGAAGCAGAAUACACCAGAAACUUUUAGUCCUUUCAUUUCUAAAAUAAACACCACAUCGACGAACAUAACAAAACCGCGUAGGAGGCCGCGUACACAAAUAUAGGGGCCAAUAUCAUUGCUGUUUUCCGUUUUCCUAGUUACUCGGACAAAGAUGCAGAUAAUAUGCCCUAGGCAAAAUUUAAGGAAAGCAAAUGACGAGAAGGACGUGGACUCUUACCGGUCACAACAACUACCACACGCCAUAAUUUAUUCAUUAUUUUUUAACAAUUUCAUUAUCCUUUCUAAGCUAUAAGCGUCUGUAUGGGGCGGAAAUUGUAGAAAAAUAUGAAAUAUUAAAUUUCACCUGUAUAUAAGCCUAU